CUCUUCCACCCAUGUCAGAGAGGUCGGACAGACAUAUCGGCGACGUAUCGCCACCUCAGGUCAAUAUCAGGACAGUCCACCACCGGGUUUGAUCAGACUUGACAUUUACGUCACAAACGUAGUAUAUAGUUUUCUGCUGCCUUGUGGAAAGUAGCGGAGACUCGUCGAGGUUGCGACGGUAAAAUAUACCCGCCAGGCCCCUCACCUCUUCCUCUGCUCGGAGUCGCGCACCUUCUAGAUGCUUCUGCGCCAUGGACGACAUUCUCUGUCUGGAAGGCCAGGCAUGGUGAUGUUGUCUACUUCCGGCAAUUCGGUCAAGAUGUCAUUGUGCUGAACUCCGAAGAGGCCAUCAAAGACUUGAUAGAGAGAAGGUCGAGUAACUACUCGGACAGGAUGUCCAUGGCCGCCAGCGAGUCGUAUGUCUUCCUGUUUAUGACGCAGACGAAGCCUUGAACUUUCCAGCUACGCUUUGAGCUUCAACACCAUCUUUCACCGCCACAACGAGACGUGGCGAGCCCACAGGCGCGUUGCUCACCAGGGCCUUCGCGAGAACCACGUGGACAUCUACCAGCCGACACAGUUCCGCUGUGCAGAGGCGCUUAUCAAGAGCCUAGAAAACUCACCCGAGCACUACCACAAACAUUUCCAGAGUUUUGCCGCCUCAGUCAUUCUUUCGGCUACGUACGACCACGAUGUGGUCGGCGAGAACGACCCAAUUUGAAGUCAGUCACUGAAGCGUUGGACAUUAUGCGGCCACUGUUGUCGCCUGGGAGUACCAUUCUCUUGAACGUCUUCCCGUUGGCGCAAUUUCAAUGCAGCGCGAGUAAAGAUAGAUAGGAUGGUCAACCUGCCAUUUGAGUUCCUUGAAAGGAAGAUUGCAUCAGGAAACACGGGAAAAUCAAUCGCGUUGGAGGCGAUGGACAGAUUUGGAGACACUGACAAAGUCAACAACUUCGAGAAGGUGGUUAGAGACGCAUGCGCUACCCUUUACUCAGCCGCUGCAGAAACGACGUCGUCCACGCUCAUUAUCUUCCUCCUCGCUAUGGUUCAAAACCCCAGCGUUCAAGUACGCGCGCAGGAGGAGAUCGAAAGUGUGUUAGGGCCCGAUCGUCUUCCAAGCUUUGCCGAUCGCCAAUCUCUGCCUUAUGUCGAAGCAGUCUACCGAGAGACUCUGAGAUGGCACCCUGUUGCGCCGCUUGGUAUCCCACAUGCCGCGACCGAUGGCGACGUCUACAAGGGGUGGGCCAUUCCUAACGAUUCAGUGGUGAUAGCGAACGUAUGGGCAAUCUCGCAGAAUCCUGAAAGAUACCCGUCGCCCUCCUCCUUCAAACCUGAACGGUUCUUUGAUAACAAAGGAGUACUGACGGACGAUAUACCCACCUAUGCUUUCGGGUUCGGGAGGCGUAUCUGCCCCGGGCGGCACUUUGCCGACAAUUCACUGUGGAUUGUGAUUGGUCGACUUUUAGCGGGGUUCACGUUCGAGUCCGAGUAUCUGCAAACGGGUGGAGAGGUGAAGUGGCACAAUGGCGUGACUUCGUGA